UAUAUAUUGCAUGCAUCUGGUCCGGCCGACGACGGAUGCAUGCCUCCUUCAGUUAUAUUAGACUGUUACCAGCAUUCUUAUUUUGACUUCCCGCACUACCUUGCGAAGAACAACUAUAGAUUGUACAUGAUGCUGCUCGGCACCUUGGCGCACCUAGCGCUCACCAUUACUUGCGGUUACAGUCUCACAGUACCUCAGGCUCAUCGAGAAACCCUUGAAGAAGCAGCCGUCAACACAAAGAAGCUCAUCGAAGAUGUUACUGUGGGAACUAUGUCCAGCGUCUUUCCCAAUGGAACUGAUAACGGUGGACGACCCUUUGCUAUGAUGGAGUACCAUGCUCCAUGUCAUCCGCCGCCAUCACUCACAUUUCUCCUGCUCCCUAUUUCGCUCUCUACUCACAAUAUCAUGGCUUCAAGCUCUCAUUACGCUAGUUACUCUGUGGCGAUGCCGCAUAAGGAUGAGUGGUCCCCCAUGAGUUUAUCUCGAGUGGCUUUCAUUGGAAAUAUGACUUUCCUUCCAGAUAUCUCCAAAGAAGAGAAGGCGGAGCUAGAGAAAUGCUACCUCAGUUACCACCCUGACGCCAAAUAUUGGCUUCCAGGGGCAUCAAAUUCUCCUCAUUCAUCUGUAUGGGCCAAACUAGAUGCGGACGACAUUUACUAUGUUGGAGGAUUCGGGGACACUCAUUAUAUUGGACACAUUCCUAUCGAUCUGUAUACCAAAGUCGGAGAAGCAGAUGAAGGUAACGGUCAGGGACAGAGCGAGCAAGUCCUUAGUGGUUACAGCGUUUUCAGGAACGGGGUAUCAUUGCUGUUGAAGAACAUCUUUUGAACUCGCGGAAUAAAGGGGAGAGAAGACUCUACAAUGCAAGUAGGAUACGAUGUCUCAAGAGUCACUUGUUUUUUCAAGCUCGGCACUUGUAUGUAGCGUGAUGAUCAUUGCAGGAUUGCCAGCCUGAGCUGCUGCUAACAGAAUUGUUGCGAUGGCGGAAAAUGGAAUAAGCUCGCUCUGCCGUU